AUGAAAUAAAUUCUCAUUUUCAUAUUGAGUUUAUAUCAAGUAUUGAGUUAAGAUAAAUUAUUGGCUGUACAGGCAAUUUGGAGACAUGGAGCAAGAAAUCCUUACUAUUGUAAUUUUAAAUGUGAUUUAAAUGUACCAAAAGGAGAUGCAGCAUUAUUAACACCUACAGGAAUGAGAUAAUAAUAUGUAUUAGGGAAAUGGCUUAGAUAAAGAUACAUCAUAGAUUUUCCACUUUUAUCACCUACAUUUAAUGAAAAUGAAAUAUAUAUAGAAAGUUCAGAUGUUAAUAGGUAUUCAUAGAAUCAAAAAUUAAUAGGACUUUAUAAAGUGCUUAUUGUAAUUUAUAAGGAAUGUAUCCAGAAGGACCUAUUGUACCUCAUUUCGAAGGUGAAAAUGCUUCAUUACUUUUACCUCCAAAUGAAGGUGCUACUGUUCCAAAAGAUAUUAAAGAUUAUGCUUUACCUAAUAAAAUCUCAUUGAUACCAAUACACACUAAAUAAAAGAGUAUGGACUAUGCUAUUGCUAUUUCAUGUCCUAAUGGUGCUAAUAUGACUGCUGAUAAUAAAAAAACAGAUUUAUAUAAAUAAGUUAAUGAUGCAAGUUCGUAAUUAUAUAAAGAUUUUAAUGAACAACUAAAAUUAACAGGAGAAGAACAAGUUAAUGAUUUUGUUAUUCUCUCUAAUUAUAGAGAUACUUUUAUUUGCAAUAAGUAUAAUGGAGAUGAAAUGCCAAACUUAACAUCAGAGACAUUAAAGUAAAUUGAUGAUGUUGCCAAUUUAGCUUUUAGUCUUGAGAAAUUUUAAACACCAUUGUAAAUAAUUUAAAUCAUUUUAGAUAAGUUAAACUUUAUUCAACUCCUUAUUUUAAAUAAGUUCUUGAUCAUUUUGACAGUUUUUUGAAUGGAACAUCACAUUUUAAAUAUUAUGGAUCUUCAUCUCAUGAUUCUACUCUUUUAGCUUUAUUAUCUGGACUUAAUUUAACUAGUGCUCAAUGUUAAGCUGAUAUUUAUUUAAAAAAAAAUGUAACUCAUAAAAAUUGUAUUACUUAAGUAUAAUAAAUAUUAUUAAUAUAUAUUAGUAUGUUGAAUUUGCAUCUAACAUUAUUUUUGAACUUUAUAAUAAUUCUAUAACAGGACCUUAUGUUAAAGUAUUAUAUAAUGGUGAAUAUAUGCCAUUAUGUUCAGAUGAAGGUUAAACAUGUAAAUAUUCAACUUUACAUUCUAUUUUUAUGGCAUAGUAAGUAGAUUAUAAGAAAGAAUGUGGAAUUGCUAAUAAUUCUGAAAUACCUGUAAUAAUGUUAUUUAUUUCAUUUAUAAAGAUCGAAGAAGAAACUCCUGGUUGGGCAUUAGCAUUUUUCAUCAUUGUAGUACUCUUAUUAGCCGGAGGAUUAGCAAUGGUCAUUAUUAUUAAAAAAAAAGUAGCAGAUUCAGAAUGAGAAUUUAAUAAUAUUCUAUAUAAUUUAAAAUAUAUA